UCAAUCUAGAGUGUGCCAUGCCCACGGUUUUCAACAGAAACGCAACGAUCUGCUAAUAAAUGGAACUGCUAGUUGCUAGCGAGUGAUGGAUCCAUCUUCUUGAACGAAGGCCAUCAAUACGCAUAUUGUUUUCUGUUUAUUUAACUAGCGGCUGUGUUUUCAUGGGAAAUGUAUUAGCAAGCUAGCGUCAGAUAGCUCGAUAACUGCGCCAAAAAUGAUGCGAGAUUCAAUCGAAUGUUGCACUGCUAGCUAGUCAGCCAAAUCUGACUGGGGAAUGGUCAUUUCUCAGUUUGCCAGCAUCACAGCUCUGACACACCACGAAGCCGUUCAGCUAUCGAGACAUAACGCUGGAAACUUGCUAGCGUUUAGUUGGAUAGAAAAAGAGGACGAACAUUUGUUGGGAAGCGGUGACUCUGCCAUUGCAAUACUGGUCAUAUGGAUGCGUUGCCUUCGUGUGCAUUUUAUUGACAAUUGUGGCUUGGCUCUAGCUAGGGGGCGGACAGCUCUGAGAAGGCGGACAGUUGGCUACGUUAGCUUGUUGGAUGUCGCGGCAGUGCAGUUAGGUUCGUUCGUAGGGACGCACGAACCCAGUCAGUGAACAGGGGGAAUCGCAAUAGAGGCUGGUAAUAGGGAUAGUUAGCCAGCCAGGUAGCUAGCUAGUUGUCCAACUAACGUUAGCAAUCUAAAUAAGGAUUGAAGCGCGCAUCAACGGAGAGAGGCCCUCAACACACCCCCUCGCAUCGACACUGCCCCCUCUUCGCCGAUCCUCCCGUGAUUUGCUGAGAUCUGUACACGGGUGAAGUCGGACAGUUCUCGGUUGGGGACAACUUGACAGCGAGGCCCCUAGCUCCCCUCCCCCAUUCCCAUCCAAGACCCCUCAGUCCACCUCUUCGCAAGUGAGGAUCGGGAUAUUAGAUACCUAGCUAAAGUUAACCCAUCCAACCGAAAUCUGUCACCCAGCUAGUCCAUUCUAACCCGCGGGUUGCCAAAACCAGGAGGGAUGACUUUGGAGUCGAUGAUGGCUUGCUGCCUGAGUGAAGAGGCGAAGGAAUCGAAACGAAUCAAUGCGGAGAUAGACAAACAACUCCGGCGAGACAAGCGGGACUCGAGGAGAGAACUGAAAUUGCUCCUUCUCGGUACAGGAGAGAGUGGGAAGAGUACAUUCAUCAAGCAGAUGAGGAUCAUCCACGGGGCGGGCUACACAGAGGAGGACAAGAGGGGUUUCAUCAGGCUGGUGUACCAGAACAUCUUCACCUCCAUGCAGUCUAUGAUCAAAGCCACAGAGAACCUCAAGAUCCCCUUCAAAUACGAACAGAACCGGUCUAAUGCCAUGUUAGUGAAGGAGGUGGACAUAGAGAAGAUCUGUGGUUUCGACCAGCCCUACAUCAGCGCCAUCAAGACCCUGUGGGCCGACCCUGGGAUACAGGAGGCCUACGACAGACGCAGGGAAUACCAGCUAUCAGACUCCACUAAAUAUUACCUUAGUGAUAUAGACCGCGUCACCGCGGAGGGAUAUGUUCCUACUCAGCAGGAUGUGCUUCGUGUCCGGGUCCCUACCACAGGAAUCAUAGAGUACCCGUUUGACCUGGAGAACUGCAUCUUCAGGAUGGUGGAUGUAGGGGGUCAAAGGUCAGAGAGGAGGAAGUGGAUCCACUGUUUUGAGAAUGUCACUUCCAUCAUGUUCCUGGUGGCCCUCAGCGAGUACGACCAAGUCCUGGUGGAGUCUGACAACGAGAACCGUAUGGAGGAGAGUAAGGCGUUGUUUAGGACCAUCAUCACCUACCCCUGGUUCCAGAACUCCUCCGUCAUCCUGUUCCUCAACAAGAAGGAUCUGCUGGAGGAGAAGAUCUCAUACUCCCACCUGGUCGAUUACUUCCCUGAGUUUGAUGGUCCCCAGCGAGAUGCCCAGGCGGGCCGGGAGUUUAUCCUGAAGAUGUUUGUGGACCUGAACCCGGAUAGCGACAAGAUCAUCUACUCCCACUUCACCUGCGCCACGGACACCGAGAACAUCCGCUUCGUCUUCGCUGCCGUCAAAGACACCAUCCUGCAGCUCAACCUCAAAGAAUACAACCUGGUCUGAGAGACUCUUGCAUACACACGCACACACUCUUCCUAGUUGCACAGCUUAGCCUACACACACACACACACACACACACACACACACACACACACACACACACACACACACACACACACACACACACACACACACACACACACGCGGACACCUAUGAAGCUUACACACACCUACAUGUCUAGUUGAUCUUUCCCCUCCUGCUUUUCACUCCAGCGAUUUUAAGACCCCUCUCUUCCAAUAUCUCUCCUCCCAUUCGCUCUGUCAUUCCUUCCCUCUUUCUACCCUUUUGCCAUAAGCCUGUCCUCUCCCUCGUUCUCAGCAGCUUGUCAGUCUCCUCUUCUCCAUACCACACAUACACACACGCCAUGCAGUAUACAGUGACUACGGGAGGGGACUGUGUGUGUGUGUGUGUGUGUGUGUGUGUGUGUGUGUGUGUGUGUGUGUGUGUGUGUGUGUGUGUGUGUGUGUGUGUGUGUGUGUGUGUGUGUGUGUGUGUGUGUGUGUGUGUGUGUGUGUGUGUGUGUGUGUGUGUGUGUGUGUGUGUGUGUGUGUGUGUGCGUGUGAGAAGGUGAGGAAGAGGACCAGUGCGGUCAGUGAACUGUGGGUCUUUAUCCCUUGAACCAUCAGUCAACUGGCCUGAGAUCACAUCCUCUGAUUUGGUGGAAGGAGUGACCCAAACGCAAGGCAAAAAAACACCUGAGAGGGUGACGUUUUACACUCUAUAAGGGAGGGGAUAAAGACAGGGAGUGGGGUGGAGAUGAUGAGGUAACAAAGGAAGCCACUAGGACCCAAGCAGGAAGUGAUGUCACACACAAAUGAGGAGUCAGACCAAGGAUUCUGUUUGCACCUCGCAUCGAUGAAUGUAUACUCCGAGUGAUCGUUGCAAACGCAAAAAAUAUAUAUAUAAUUAAAUAUGUUAUAAAGUAAUUACAUAUGUAGACAAAAUACACUAAGACUGAAAGCACCAGAAGGAGUGGAAAAAGCUAAUUGAUUAAAUAUGUGUAUCGCUGAGCUUUUUUACAAAUAGUUUUUAAUAAUAGUAACUUGUUGCUACGUCAACUUCUAUCUGACGACUAAGAAGUGGUUUGAAAAGUUUUAGAAGCGGUUAACAAAAGAAAAUCUCGUAUUUAAAAAAUUUGCAAAAUUGCCAAAAUAUCACAAAAACAAGAUGGUAACCAGAAACGGACUCUAAUUUGAUCCUUUACAGACGACUGUGGUUGUUCAUGUUUAGGUUUGAUCACAUCGCUUCCCUCCUUCACUGGUAUACUGACUGAUACACCGGAACCUUCCGUUUGACAUCCGCAGUACCAUGUUCGAGUUUGAUAAACACUACAUUAAGAUUACCGAACAUCCAAUACUCGCUACUAUGUUCUGAUUGGACAGUCGCUGAGGGGGAGGGAGUCAUGAAUGGAUGAUGUCAUCAGCAUACGGUACAUCAGUCUGAAAGAAUGACAUCACGUGUUAAGUUGCCCAGCGACCCAAAUAGAUGUGCUCUGGAGAUUCUGUGCAAUCCAUCCCCACAAAUGACACGGUGGCAUCCAUUAUCCCAGACACACAGGAAGCUUUACGUUGUUUACUUUUUUUUACUGUAUAGACACUUUUGUUUGUUGAUGAGAGGUGGUUGUUGAUUGGUGGGAGCGGGGGACGUAUGAUCCUGCCUCCCAAAUGGACAGCGUACUCUGAAGUCUACAAAAAGUUAUUGUUUGUGUAUAUUUCUGUUUGUAAAUACAUGUACACAGAAACGCUCCUGUACAAAAACACUCUGUGGUACAAAAAAUCUUUGGCAAAAAAAAACACAAAAAAAAGAAAAUCCACUUUUUUUCGAUAGUGUACUGUUUUUGUUUUCCUAUGAAUUUGCUAGUAUUUAUACUGUGAUUCUGGAUUUCUUUGAUGAUUGAUAAUCAGUUGAUUAUAAGAGGACUACACACACAGAGGGCUGCAGUGAGAGGAAAGGAACAGUCUCAGAACAGAGGUUCUAAACCAUCAGGAGCCUUCUAGUCUAGAACAUUCUAGAUCCUCGGCUCUCCUCUGCAGCUUCUCCUUACUAACACUAGAGCAGAUUAGUUAUUCACAAUAUGUUGACUAAAGACAGGAUAUUAAAAGAGUAACUAAAUAAAGAUUUUUUUUUUUUUUAAUUUAAUAAUUUAUGGAACCAGGUUUGAAGGUGUUGAUGAAUUUGACUGCUUUUGUUUCUAUCAUGUUGAAAUGCGGUCGGGGCUAGACUUGAGUCUAAACUGCUGUAACGAAACAAACGUCUACUAUAGUAUGUACUAAAUCUCUGCUUUCUUUUUUUAUCUUAAGACAAUUCCAGAUGUACUUUGCCAUUCUAUCUAUAUCCAUGUUAAAUUCUAUGGUUUUCUUCUCACAUUAAGUCACUUUGUUUCGUUUCAUUGAUGAAAACUUGUAUUUCUCCUCUUGGGUUUCUAAUAGGCACAGCUCUGUAACUGCAUACAUAGGAAAUGUACCAUAUGAACGUAGGUGAAUUUUUAUAACCAGUGAUUGGAGACCAGUACGGUCUAUGCUUGCUCUGUCGUUGUAAUUUAAACACAGUUUGCGUUGUCGUUGGUUUGAGUUGUUUUAGUUAAAGUUCCGAGGCUUGCUUUGAUAGAAUCAGUGACGUUGCAGAUCUACUUUUGAACCUCUUUCUACAGGCAACUCUUAUUCAUUAUUCUCAUUAAGGGCUAUCGCCAUGCAUCAGACAGGCAGGCAGAUGGGGAGAGACGGGGCUCAAUUCGGUUUUCAAUUCAUGAAGUGAGUGGAAAUUCGUUGAGUGAAUUCACAAAUCCUAGAAAGCGAUGGGCAGUAGAGGACAAGGGUACACUGUUGCGUUCUGUCCUCAAGGGCUGCAGUUUUGCUGUGUUUUUUUUCUGUUGCCUUCUAACCAAAAAUGGAUUUCUACCUGUGAAAUCAGGUGUUUGCAAUCCCUAGCCGAUUGGUAACAUUCAUUGAUCAAGCAAAUGCCGGGGAGAAAUGAAAACCAGCAGGAAUGCGGACUUCGAAGCAUUGGGUCGUGCACCCCUGGUUUUAGGUUCACAGUCAACUAAGCCAUUCACUCAUGAGUGUUUGUAUCAACAAAGACUGUGUGUGAAUACAGCUGUGGUAGGAUACAUGACCAACACUAUCAUUAGAAGGUUAAUUUUUUUACUUUGUAUUUCUCUGGAUCAACAGUGGAUCAGACAAGCUUCCAGCUCCGAAUGAGGGAAUCUCUCAAGCCCCAUGUUCCCUACUUCACUGUUUGAUGUGUUAUCAUCAAGGGUGUGAUCCUGGAUCAGCUUACCCUCCCUCAAUGCUAACCUUAAAGACCCAGUGCAGUCAAUUGUGAUUUUCCUGUGUUUUGUAUAGAUUUCUACACUGAGGUUGGAAUAAUCUUGUGAAAAUGGUGAUAAUGCUAUUUUAGUGUAAGAGCUGUUUGAAAAGACCAUCUGAAAUUUCUGCCUGUUUUGGUGGGAUGGGGUUUUGAUUUGUCUGUUGGAUAUCACCAUGCAGUAAAUUAGUUAAUAAACCAAUAAAUAAAGUUUCAAACCUCUCUGCCAAUAACAGCUAGUUUUCAGUUUCCCCCAUGCCACUCACACCACUUUGACAGUCCUAGCAAAAUUCAUGCUUGAUAAAUUACUCUUGCCAAAAACCUCAUUUUGUUAGUUUUCACUCAAAAUGCUUCAAAAAUAAUCAAAGUAAGGUACUUAACUGUUACCCAGAAAUUACUUGAUUUUGAGGUUUUUAAAAAAUGUCUGCAUUGGGCCUUUAUCCAUUAGGGGGGAUGCAAAAGUGACCUUAGAUCAGUGUUAAGGGGAACUUUCCUUCUAAUGUCCUACUGUUAGUUUUACCAUCCGGGAGUGUGCUUUGUGCUUGUUGAGGAGAUUUUACACAUUGUCAAUAGACACAACUACAGUAGAGGCAGGUAAACCAGGUGUUAAAAUGCUAUUCCAAGUUAAAGCAUAGCUGCACAACACACAGCUCUAGCACACCUGUGCAGGAUUUUGUUUCAUACCAGCACUAACACCCCAGUCAACUGAUUGAGAACUAAUCAUGGUUUGGGAUUUAGACCGCAACUAGUUGAACCAAGUGUGUUAGUGUUGUACUGGAACUAAAGCCUGCACACUGCAGCCAGUAUUAGAGGAUGUUAUCCAAGUAUGACAUGCAGUAUUUAAUUCAGUGUUGACCUGCCCACAAACAAUGUGUUGAAUACAACUCACAUAGCAAACAGACAAGCACUUGGGCUCCUGUACUGCCUCCACAAUGAAGGGUGAAAACAGCCCUAACUACAAUCAUCUAACUUGGUAAUUAAUCAGUUAUAUUUAUUGGAAACACUACUAAUCUCUUGUUUACCACUUUCUGUGGGUUAAUUGGUUGGCACUCCUGAAGUGUCUGCACAUUAGGGCCCAGAGUUUUUCCUAGGCUUUAACUAGGACCCAGAGUUUUACCUGGUCAGAUUAAUAUGGACAUGGUGCAUAUUGAGAACUUAGCUUGACUUAUUUCCUUUCAAUCUUUUUUGUAAGAUUAAAAAAACAUUACCGGAACACUAUUGUAUUUAGGACCACUUGAUUUAUUUUUUAAUCUAAGGAAACCUGAGGGUUAAACGUUUUAGUUGGUGUAUAAAAUAUACAAUGCUGUUUUUGUUUAUUUUGUAUGUAACCCAAAUGUAAAUUAUGUAUUAUAUUGUGUGCCAACCCAACUCUCUCUAGAGCCAGGCUCUCUCUCUCUUAAGUGCCAACGCUGACAUCAUCAUCAGGGAACAGCCAUCUUGGUUGGUCCCAUUUUUAAGAACACCAGAGACCUAAACACGUGGCGACUACGCCACCCCUAACAAAAACUAUAAGUACACAUUUUUUGUGUAAUUAUAUAAUUGCAUGUAUUGUUUAGUGUUGGGAGGAGGUGAGGCCUCGGAAAAAUGUAUUGGCUGAUGCAGAGAUCUUGAUGAAAGGGUGAAAUCGGUUAUUGAUUGAUCGGUUGGUUAUGUAUUAUUGAUUUGCAAUACUCUCGCCAUAUUUCUUUUUUGUUGUUGUGUUUUCAUGCAUUUGUUUCAACCACUGUUGCCUGAUCCUCAUUCAAACAUGAACAUGAUUUAUUACGAUCAUCGCCGCCUUCUAAGAGAGAACAUAAUGACAAGGUAUCUGUUUUAAAUUUAAAUAAAUUUGUUCGUAUACUUGC